AUGAAGUACCUGCUCCAGGCCAUCGAGGCCAAGCGCUCGUCGAUUCGGCUCAAUGACACCGACCUGCGCAAGCUCCUCACAGAGGUCCGCAAGGGCCGCGACGAGCGCGAAGAGUUUCUCGAGUCCAUCGACCGCAUCCUCACGGAGCUGCGCAACUACUCGGAGCACUCGGCCGCCUUUCUCUCCAAGGUCAGCAAGCGCGAUGCGCCCGACUACUACGACGUGAUCAAGCAGCCCAUGGACCUUGGCACCAUGCAGAAAAAGGUCAAGGCGGGCCAGUACAAGAGCAAGAAGCAGUUCGCCCACGACCUCGGCCUCAUCUGGGACAACUGCCUCAAGUACAACACCGACCCCAGCCACCCGCUGCGCCGCAACGUCCACUUCAUGCGCAAAAAGGCAGACCACCUGCUCGAGUUCAUCAGCGACAAGAGCGAUGUCAAGGACGCCCUCAUCCAGUGGGAGGCCAACGAAGCCGCCCGCGCGGCCAAGGGUCAGGACGGCGAUGACCGGGCGGGUCACGAGGCACCGGCGAGCUAUGGCUUUGGCACCGCUGGUCGCAUGAGCUCGCCAGCCGCCAUCGCGCUCGACAAGCAUGGAUCGCGCUUUUCGGCAGGGCGGAAACGGCAGGAUCCCCUCAGUGUGCCCUUCGACCAGCGGCCUGCAUUUGUACGGACAGCCGAGUCCAUGUCGACCUUUCAAUCGCUCGACCGGUCGCUGCUGCAGGCAGAGUCAACCAUCGCGUCUUGGACCCAAGCCGACAACAACGCCGGCCCAUCGUCCCGUCGGAUCCCUGCCGUUGUGAAUGGUGCUGGCGGGCACGACGCCGAGCUGGUCCAGGCGUGCUCGACCAUGGAAGGCCUCAAGGACCGCUCCCCUCUCGACCCGCUCUCUGCGACGCUCGAGGGCAUCUUUCGGCCCAGCCUGCUCAAGGGCAAGGAAAGGGCCACGCCGGAGCUGCCUGCUUCGGUCGACGUGCUGGACGCAUCUGCCUGCUGGUGGACUGCCUGUACCUCGGAUGAGCUGAUGAUGGCCGGUCUCCCCGAGCUUCCCUCCUACGGCAGGCCGGGGCUCGCGGCGGUCAACGCAGGCGGAAUCGUGUCAGAUCCGGCGCCGCGGAGGAAGAAGCGGCGGCGGCUGCCACCGACCCAGCGGCCAGGCCUGCAAGGCCAGAUUGCGCGCAACGUUCGCACCAUCCAGAAGGUGCAGGAAACGCACCAGAAGUUUCUCAACCUGGCCCACGUCGUCGAGAGCGAGGCCCCGAUACCGGCCUACCUCACCCACGUCUCGUCGGACGAGGAGAGCGACGACUACCCUUCCGCGGACGAGGACGACGAGCCGCCAGACGCGCACCUGGACCGCAACCCGCUGGCGCGCAUCAGCCCAGAGUCGGCGCAGGACCAUCUCGCGUGGAACACAAAGAACCUGCUCGCGCACCACGGCUUCGAGGGCGGGCAUCGGGCGGCGGUCGACGUCCUGACCGACGUCAUGGCCGAGUUCCUGAUGAACGUUGGCCGGACGAUGCGCGUCUACUCUGACCGGUACGCCAGCAAGAUGAGCGCCGAAGAGAUGAUCCUGCACACACUGCUCGAGAGCGGCAACACUGACGUGGCCGGGCUCGAGAGCUACAUCCGCGAUGACGUCGAGCGGUACGGAGGCAAGAUGGGCGAUCUGCUGCGGAAGCUGCGGCAGUCGUACAAGGAGCAGCUGACGCAAAGCGCCGAGAAGGGCGUGCUCGAGGACGAUGCGCUGUUUGCCGACGGCGGUGAGGCUCUAAUGAGCGGCAACUUUGCCGAAGGCCUGGGCGACGACUUUUUCGGCUUUCGCGAGAUGGGCCUCGACCAGGAACUGGGCAUCUCUGGCCUCACAGUGCCCAGCCGCCUUUUCCACGGCAGGGGCCAGGCCAGGGCGUCGGUCGCCGCAAAAGGAGUCGCAAAGGAGGAGGUGCUGCCUUAUCCUCCCCCGCCGCCCUACGUACCGCUCACGUCGUCGGCGGUUCCCGCGCAGAUCGGACUGCUGCAGGGGUGGUAUCGGGAAAAGUUCCGGCAGCGGCGGGCCAUGUCGAAGCCGGUCGACGUGGAAGAGGACGCCGAGGUGUGGGCCGACACGCUGCCGGACGAGGAGCAGGAGCGGCAAAAGUACAAGGUGCCGCCGACGGGCAAGCUGCCCAGCCGGCUGAUGUGGACGCCCGGAUGGGCGCAAAAGGCGCUCGCCAAGGCCGCUGCGGCCAACGGCGGCGGCGGUGGCGGUGCCGGAGCAGCAGACGGCCAGGCUGGCAGCGGCGGCGCCGGCGCAGCCGGGGCAGGUCGAUCGUCGGGAGGCAGCGCAAAGGCCGGGAGCAAGGCGGCAGGGCCUAAGCGGAAGCGGGUGGGCAGCAGCGCCGUCGCCGCUUGA